AUGGCUCCGUUGUGGUCAUCGCAGCCCUUCAAGGCCGUCUACACUGUCUUCUUCCUGCUCAAAGCACCCCCACACCUGGCACUCCUCUUCUUGCAGUACCUCGCCAGGCCACUCCGUCCGCUGGAGGAAUGGGACGCAACCACAAAUCUCGCCAGUGCCGUGCUGCGAAUGCUCUUCCAGUAUGCCACCGCAACCCGCUCCCAGCGCCCCAUGUACACGGACCCCAGAAAGGCCAAGGAACGGCUCUCGCGUGUCGAGCCCGCGCCCGACCACCUCUUCACCGGCAUCCUCGAGGGCUCCGAACACGAGGCCAUCAAGCCGGCGCCCGUGGACGCCAUAUGGUUCCCGAGUCCGGCUCCGCGCGAUGCUGCCGAGCUGAAGAAGCAAAAGGUCGUUAUCCACUACCCCGGCGGCGGAUAUGUCCUUGCCUUCAGCCAUGAUUUCGCGGGACAGACCGUCGCCGACGCCAUGGCCGCGCAAAUGAAGGCGACCCGGACCGUCUGGGCUCAGUACCGGUUGUCGGGCACCCCGGAGACUCGCUUCCCUGCCGCCCUCCAGGACGCCAUCACCUUCUACCACUACGUGCUGUCUCUGGGCAUCGACCCCGGCAAUAUCAUCGUGUCGGGUGACUCGGCCGGCGGCAACCUCGUUCUCGCACUGCUGCGCUACCUGGAAGACUCGCCGUCGUCAUCUCUCCCGCUGCCCGGCGGCGCCAUCAUCUGGUCUCCUUGGGUUCACAUCACGGCCCAUGCCGGGCGCGACUACGACAACAGCAGACAUUCACGGUCCGACCUGCUGAUCGGCCCCCUUCUGCAAUGGGGAGCCGAAUCGUUUCUGCCCCAGGGACAAGUUUCCAAAGACACGGAAGCCUACACCUCGCCGCUCCACCACCCGUUCAAGCUGUCGACACCUCUGUUCAUCCAUGCUGGCGCCGCAGAGGCUUUCCACGACGAUAUCAAGAGCUUUGCAGAGGAGAUGGCGCAGGUGAACGGCCAUCGAGUGCAAUUCCAUGCCACGCCACUGGCGCCGCACAACCUCUUGGUUACCCACAAGACUUUUGGCAUGACCGAGGGGCUCAAUGUUGCAAUGAAGGAGGCCUAUGACUUUUUCGAGCGUGGAAAGUAG